UUUACUCCCUUCCUCCUGGAGCCUCCUCCGGGCUGAGCCCAUCACGUGCCCCGGGGAGGGUCCAAGGUCCAGCCGCGCAGGGGCUGUGGAAGCGAGGGCUGGCAGCCUGCUGCAAAAUGAAGCGCCUGUUCUUCCUCCUCGGUGUCCUGCGGCUCCUUGCUGCUGCAGCUGCCGUGUACAAGCAGUGGAUCCCCAACACCAAUUUUGAAACCGCCUCCAACUGGGAGAAAGGCAGAGUCCCCUGUGCCAGCGACGUGGUUCGUUUUGAGAAGAACAAGGUCGUCUCAGUCUUCGUCGGGUCUCCCCAUGCGCUGACGGACAUGUACCUGCCCCUGAAUGGAGAAUUCGUGCUGGCAUCUGGUGCAGGAUUUGCAGCUUUCGAUGGCAGCUGGGAUCCAGGCUGUGACUCAGGUGCGACAGUGAGGUUCGCUGAUGCUGAGCACCACGCCUGGUUCGACCCCACGCUGUGGCAGGCCGUGUCCCCCGACAGGGAGCUGGAGCCAAGCGGGCGCAUCUUUUCUGUGGAUGAGGAACGCGUCCCGUGCCGCUACGACGAUGUUAUUUUCCAGCCCGAAACCUCCUUCCGGGUAAACGUCGACUCAUCGCAGCGAGUGAUUCAUCUCCGCAGCAUCUCUCUCAUGGGCCAGGAGCUCAGCAGCCCCGAGGCCUGGGCUGGGUACCUGCGGGGUCCCUCUGCCCCGCUGCAGUUUCACGGCAAUGGCACUCUCCGGGUGACGGGCACCGGCUGUCCCGACAAGUCCGGCUGUGCCUGCGGGAACGCCCCGGAUGGCCACCGCAUCUGCGCGGCCCUGCUCGGGGCGUCGGGGAGGCAGUGCCCAGCGCCAGCGUGCCAGAGCCCUUUGCAGCCCCUUGGCCACUGCUGCGGGGUCUGUGGAGCCACCAUUAACCUGGAUUUCACUCCUGAUUUUGACCUGCAGAAGUACCAGGACAGACUGGUCCAAGGCUUGCUGAGCCAGCCCAAGUAUGCCAGCGUGCGGAUGGCCAUAUCCAAGGUGCACAAAGCGCAGACCUUCCUGGGAGUCAUACCCCGAAGCUCCACUCCUCUCAUCCAAAUCGUGCUGAUCGAUGAUGGAGCAGGAGCGCAGACGGGCAGCACUGCGGAGCAGCUGGCAGCAGACAUCAUGGAGGACGUAGCACAGCACGGUGAAACACUUGGCAUUUCAAGUGGCAAAAUGGAGGCGGCCACUGGCAGUGCUUUCAGCAGGCAAGCGGGCAGCCAUGCAUUGAACAGGAUCAUAGCGGGGACGGUCUCGGGGCUACUCUUCAGUCUCCUAUUGCUUGGAGGGAUCCUCUUUCUCUACAGAAAGGGAAAGCUAAGAUUGCCCACCCUGCGCCCGCCCCGGCCCUGGGACGGGGCAGAGGAGACGGCAUCCCCUGACCCAGCCAGUGACAAAGGCUUCGACAACCCCAUGUUUGGUGUGCCACUGCAGGAGCCACCGAGCACUGACUGUGGAGAGGAGACACUGCAGGAGAUGGCUCCCAAAGACCACCAGGUCUUCUACCUCAACCCUCUGUACGAUGCAAGCGAGACGGAGACCUGACGGCGUGGCGGCAGCCACCACCUCCCUGGGAACACUGCCGCCUCUCCAGCCCUCACAGCCCCUCUCAUCACUCCUGGUGGGAUCUAAGAACAAGCAGGUUCCUCCUGAAUAAAAGUGUCCGCGUGGUGAAGGAAACCACAGCAAACCUUCACCAUUAGGGCUCAGCCACACAGA